CGGGAUCUGAAAACGGCGGACAGCCCAGUCAUGGGCACCGACGGCCAAGCGCUCCGAUGCGUUGGCUGCUGCUCGUUGCGGCGGCGCUUGCCGAGCCGCAGCUGCACGUCGUGUCUUACCUCAACAAGUUAGACCGGCGCCUGGGAUUUCUGCAGGUCUCUGCGGAGGCCCAACACCUCUACGUGCAGCUGAUGGGGCUGGGCACACGAGCCUAUAUGCCGGACGGGUUGGGGGCCAAGAUCAACGCUCUGCGCCGUUUUGUGGCUGGCAGAAACCCCCAGGACCUGGUGAUCUGUGCGGAUGCCUUUGAUGUGCUGGUGAUGGGAAAUGAAUCCGAGAUCGUGGAGAAGUUUCUCGGGUUGGAAACUGCAUUCAACAAGAGCAUCAUGUUCAAUGCCGAGGCAGCCUGCUAUCCAGAUAUUGAAAAUAUCUGUGAAGCAACCCCAGCUGCCCCCAGCAGCCGGUGGCGCUUCUUGAACGCAGGGCUUUUCAUUGGACGAGCGCAUGCCAUCGAGAGGAUGUUGCAAGAGCAAGUGCCGGAAGACAUCAAUGACCAGGGCUGGUAUCAGCGAUAUCGCAGAGACCAUCCUGAUCUGGUGCUCUUGGAUCAGAACUGCACCUUGCUUUGUGCCCUUUACGGCUUGGACGAUCAAACACUGCAAAAUGGGCGUGUACUUGUGAGCCCAACUCAGACCUUGCCCCCUCUGGUGCACUUUGUGAGUUUUGGCCACUGGACCUUGUGGAAGAAUGGGAUUGCCACUUCUCCUUUACAUCAGACAUUCCAGACCUUGUUUCCAGAGCAGUCGGCUCGACUUGUUGAUGGCUGGUGGGUUGGGAUUCAAGUUGGAUCCACGCACGACUUGGUCAUCUACGAGGGCGCUGGUUGGUGGGGCAUGAUGUCAACCGUGCUUUGUGUCCAGUGCCACCUGCUGGGUUCUCGGGCAGACGAGUGCAAGUAUUUCCCAGCAGGUAAGUGUUUGCUUGUCAACCUCGUGCUCGCCCUUCUCGGGGUGGCUGUUGGAAGCCGUAUGCCCUGUGCUUCUCUUUGUAGAUGUUCUCGCUGGCUUUCGGGACACUUAUGGAGACAGCAGCAAGUGAAGCCGCCAGAAUUAUUGAUCUGA